AUGUCGCAACAACUAGCGCUUCCUCGGCUUGUCCAAAGGAGGCUUGCGGCUGUCCUAAAAACUAGGACCGUCACAUUGAGGCCUGCUCAAAGACGAUGGUUAACUCCCGCGCCCAAGCCUGGUGAUGGGCCUAUGAUGUCGAGGAGGGCGGACAGAGAGCUUCCAGAUAUUUCUGAUGUAACAUUCCGCUGGCGCCGCACGUUCCCUAUCUUCCUCCUCAUCGUGGCUGCUUCAUCUGUCGCCAUCUUCAACUACCAAAAGAUGUCAUCGCCCGUCGUAUCGUCGACUCUCUACGCCCUACGAACCAAUUCCGAGGCCCGCGCUCUUCUUGGAGACGAGAUUUACUUCCGACAUCAGAUCCCUUGGAUCCAUGGCGAGAUGAACCAGUUGCACGGCCGCAUCGACAUCUGGUUCUCUGUGCGCGGCACAAAGGGCGAGGGCGUUAUGCGCUUUGCCAGCAACCGACCUACCAGCAAGGGAUUCUUCUCGACUACAGAAUGGAGUCUCACUAUGGAGGAUGGUACGAGGUUGGAUCUUCUCGACAGCGGCGAUCCUUUCAGGGCGCUCGUCGGUGGUGGGGGAGACGACUUGCCUCCAGUGGAGGAAGAUGCUCCUACGAGAGGAUUCCGAAAGCAAGUCGAAUACAAGUGA